UUUCUAUCUGUCUUCCCCAGAUAAAGAUUCUGAAACUGGAUAUGUGUGGACUGGUUAGUAUAUAUAUAUAUAUGAGUUUUUAUGAUUGUUUCUUGGGUUUCAAGUUAUGCAGUUACUCCAUCCAUGUUUGGCUUUCAGGUCAACAAUGAGAACUAUGCAUUUCCAAUCCUAGAAAAUCUGGAGCAUUUGGAGUUGUUUGUUCAUCCAGAUUAUGAUUUGGGUCUUCGACAUUUAACUUCUUUCAUGGAGGCUUCUCCAUAUAUGCAGAGACUUGUGUUGAAGUUGGGCUUCUCACCUCCUUACUGCAUAUAUGGAGGAAGGGCGGAGAAAGCUGUCAAAUGUCCCCAUCGUUACCUCAAGGUGGUAGAAAUAGUUGGUUAUCGCCGCCAUGAACAUACUCUUCGACAUGUUAAGUACUUGAUAAACAAUGUCGUUGCACUGGAGAAAAUUAUUGUGGAUCCUGUCAAGCGUUGGCUUUAUGGCCCUAAAAUGGAUAGGGAAACUAGAGUAAUCGUUGAUGAAGCGAAAGCAAGAGCUCAUGCUGUGACACACCUUGAGGAAGAAAUUCCUUCUACUAUAGAAUUUGUAUGCCUGUAGAUUUGCGAAGGAUUUACUUCUUCUGGGAGGUUCCUCUUCCAGCUGUGACUCCAUAUUGAUUCAUGCAGUCUGAGUUCCAAAGUAAACUCUUGCUGAUCCAAUGAAAAGUGACCUUUUGAGUAUAGAAUUUUCAUGCCUUUAGUAAGUGAAGGUAUUUGCUUUGCUCCAUGUGGGGAAUCGAUCCAAUCUGUUUCUGAAAUAAAAAAUUCUUCAAGGCUAAAAACUAAAAGAGAUGAUUUCAGUCUCUAAACAAUUGAGCAUGUUGAUGUGUAUUGAAAAGUCCUCAUUGGAUGAAAUAUGACACUA